UACUCAGUUUUGGUUGCUUCUUCUUGCUGAAUUUCGAAAUUUCAAUGUACACUCCUUGUUGCAAGAUUUGAGGGCAUUUUUUGUUUGUUGUGUUGCUCUUGUUGUGUACUAUCUAUAGUGAAAGUUGAUUUGUCAAUUGUAUCUCUAUGCCUCGGUUGUGUGAAUCAUUGAAGCACCAAGCAUUGGUGCAGCUUAGGAGUGGUGUUUCUACAAGAAAAGUUGCAGACUUACUUGGAAUGAGUCAGUCUUCAGUAGCUCAUCUGAGGUGGGAGAUUAGUGGUGAAAUAGAAAAGCAAAGAGGAGGACGUCCAAAGGUUUUAGGAGAGCAAGAGAAGCGACUUGCUGUGCACCUUGUCACUGCUGGUUGUCUCAAAACGGCAAGUGCAGCUGCAAAACAACUUCGAGAAAAAACAGAUGGUAGGUCUUGGUGUUGGUUGAGAGAAGGAGAACGAUCUGGACCUAAACAUGUUAGUCAAACUGUCAAACAUGGUGGUGGUUCAAUUAUAAUUUGGGAUUGUAUGACUGCUUUUGGACCGGUUUUGGCUCUCUUCACAGCCAUUUCAGCUCCUUCGAUGGCCAGCUCAAUCUCCAGAUUUGAAUCUAAUGGAACAUUUUUGGGCUCUUCUCAAACAGCGUUUAAGCCAAGUCACUCCAAGGCCAAGAGGUGUUCAAGAAUUGUGGGAGAAUGUUUGUAG